UAGCAUGCGACAUUCAUUUCCUCUUGUUGAACACGUUGUGUUGAUCUUUGAUGUCUUUUUAAAAUGCACAAUGUGUGAUUAUUCUUGAACCAACAAUGUUAAGAAGACAAGCUCGUCUACGGAGAGAGUACCUGUAUAGGAAGACUAUUGAAGACAGAGACAAGACCAUCCUAGAAAAGAAACAACGACUUGCAAAGGUUCUUGAUGAAAACAAAGAGAUUCCAUCAGACUUACGGAAGGAUGCUAUUGAUAUCCAGAAGACAUUGGACUGGGAAGGCCCAGGAGCAGAGGGCAUUGUGAACCAUGUGGAUGAUGAGUACAAAUGGGCUGGUGUGGAGGAUCCCAAAAUAAUGAUCACCACUUCCAGGGACCCUAGCUCUAAACUCAAACAGUUUGCCAAGGAAGUGCGAUUGAUUUUCCCAAACAGUCAGAGAAUAAAUCGUGGUAACUAUGAAAUGAAGCAGCUGGUGGAAGCCUGCAGGUCAAAUGAUGUAUCAGAUCUCAUCUUACUCCAUGAACACAGAGGUGUGCCUGAUGGCCUGAUUGUGUGUCACCUCCCCUUUGGACCCACAGCUUAUUUUACCUUGUCUAAUGUGGUAAUGAGACAUGAUAUUCCUGAUGUGGGAACUAUGUCUGAACAAUAUCCUCAUCUCAUCUUCCACAACUUCUCCUCAAGGCUAGGGAACAGGGUGAAAAGUAUUCUGAAAUACUUGUUUCCUGUCCCUAAAGAAGAAAGUAAACGAGUUAUUACCUUUGCUAACGAUGAGGACUUCAUUUCAUUCAGGCAUCACAUCUACAAAAAGACAGAGAAAGGGAGAGAUAUAGAACUCCAAGAAGUUGGACCAAGAUUUGAAAUGAAAGUUUACCAGAUAAUUCUGGGAACCAUAGAAAAUGCAGACACAGCAGACACUGAAUGGGUGUACAGGCCUUACAUGAAUACGACUCGAAAACGGAAAUUUUUGACAGACAGCUAGAGAAGAAAUAUUUAUUAUGGUACAUCUCAUACAGUGAAUAUGGAAAGAGAUUCAAAUGAAAUUGAUCAACUGUUUAAAAAAUACCAGUCUUAAAUUGAAAGAUCUGAGUUGUAAAGAAUUAGUUACCAAUUAAUAUCCACAAUAAUGGAAUCAAUUGAAGAGAAACAGUCAUUCUUUCCAAUCCAUAAAAAUACACUGCAGUUUUAAAGCCAAUGAAGUGAUGUAAAAAUUUGAGAAAAAUAUAUUUUUUUUUAAAGAAAUAUAAAUUCUAAAACUUUCUAUGCUUUAAAAUCAUGAAUUACCUGUUCAUGUACAUGUAUGUAAAUCUGGUGCUGAGAGUAAUGGAUUUAAAAAAUUGUCUCAUUGUAAACAAAUGCUUCUUGUACAGUGUACAUUAAACUACUGGUAAAAAAUGACUUCUUGCAUAGAAAAAGUUGAAAUUCUGUAUAAAAUAUGGUGUACUGCUGCAGUUUUAUGAAAAAUGUUUCAUAAUCUGACAGCGCUCUUUGCUUAUUUUUAUAGCAAUUGAAAUAAAGUAAAAUAUCUUUUA